AAUUUUUAAAAUAAGACACUUAUUUGUCUUUAAACAGUGCAGUGAUCAACAUGGUUCGAGUAAAGUUAAGGUUGGGCCAACUUUUUGUAGUGUUGGCAGUAUUUCUAGUGAGUUCACAAGCUGAAAAUUUAAAGUGGUGGCAAACGGCCUCUUUUUAUCAAAUCUAUCCCAGAUCUUUUAAGGAUAGUGAUGGUGAUGGAGUGGGUGAUUUGAAAGGUGUUACCCAACAGCUGCCUUAUUUAAAGGAAAUCGGUAUUACCGCCACUUGGCUGUCUCCUAUUUUCACCUCUCCUAUGGCUGAUUUUGGUUAUGAUGUAGCCAAUCUUACUGAAAUUGAUCCCAUAUUUGGUACCAUGGAGGAUUUUGAGGCUUUAGUAGAGACUGCCAAAAAGAUUGGUGUAAAAAUUAUUUUAGAUUUUGUACCCAAUCACACUAGUGAUGAGUGCGAAUGGUUUAUUAAAUCGGCGGCCAAUGAUCCUACCUAUAAAGACUUUUAUGUUUGGCAUCCGGGUAAAAUUGUUGAUGGUGUGAGACAGCCUCCAACCACCUGGAUCAGUGUGUUCCGUGGUAGUAUGUGGACUUGGCAUGAGGGAAGACAGGCCUUUUAUUUGCAUCAAUUCCAUGCUAAGCAACCGGAUUUGAAUUAUCGUAAUCCUAAAGUUAUGGAAGCCAUGAAGGAUGUUUUACGUUUCUGGUUGCGCAAAGGUGCUUCCGGUUUUCGUGUCGACGCUGUACCUCACAGUUUUGAAAUUGCUCCCGAUAGUGAUGGCAAUUACCCCGAUGAACCACGCAAUCCCAAUAAUAAUGAUCCUGAAGAUUAUGAAUAUUAUCAACAUAUUUAUACCACCAAUCAACCGGAAACUAUUGAUAUGAUUUAUCAAUUCCGUGAGGUAAUGGAAGAAAUGAAUAAAGAGUUGGGAGGUGAUGAUCGCAUUCUAAUGACUGAAGCCUAUGCUCCUUUGGAUGUGAUCAUGCAGUAUUAUGGCAAUGCCACACAUGAUGGUGCUCAGAUCCCCUUUAAUUUUGAAUUAAUUAGUAAUUUGAAGAACGAUUCUACGGCCUAUCACUACGAGGAACUGAUCAACAAUUGGUUGAGUAAUAUGCCCGAAGGUAGAUCUGCCAAUUGGGUGGUGGGUAAUCAUGAUAGUAAUCGUGUAGCCUCACGUUUGGGAGAAGAUAAAAUUGACUUAAUCAAUAUGUUGGUAUUGACUCUACCCGGUUGCAGUGUUAACUAUCAGGGUGAGGAAAUUGGCAUGACAGAUGUUUGGAUUUCCUGGAAUGACACCGUAGAUCCUCAGGCUUGUCAGUCGAAUCCCCAAAACUAUGAAAGAUUAACACGUGAUCCGGUGCGUACUCCCUUCCAAUGGAAUGAUGACCCUUUUGCCGGUUUCACAGAAGGUUCUUCCACCUGGCUGCCAGUAGCGGAUAAUUAUAAAUUGGUUAAUGUUAAGCGUGAGAGAGGCAUUUCUCAAAGUCAUUUGAAUAUCUAUAAACAAUUGCAAGAACUAAGAAGAGAGCCUACUUUACAGCAAGGCCUGGGUGAGGUAAAAGCUUUAAGUGCGGGAGUUUUGGCUAUUAAACGUUCCUUGGGCGGCUAUCCUUCCUAUGUUAUUCUGCUAAACUUAGGCAACAAUGUGGAAUCUUUAAAUUUGAAUAACUCGUUUUAUGGUCUGUCCUCUAAACUGCAAUAUGCUCUAGUAACCGAUACUAGUCCUAGACGUAAAGGUGAUUACUUGGAUACAGCCUCAGUAUUAUUAAUGCCUAAAGAAGCGGUUGUUCUUAAGACUGUUUAAGAUUAAUAAAAUGUAAAUAUAAUAAAUUUCAUAGUACGAAUUCAAAAA